GCAAGGUAUACUGUGCGGUCUUUCGGAAUCAGGCGUAAUGAAAAGAUAGCUUGCUAUGUAACUGUCAGAGGGGAGAAAGCUAUGCAGCUACUUGAGAGUGGAUUGAAAGUUAAGGAAUAUGAGUUGUUGAGAAGGAACUUCAGUGAGACCGGCUGCUUUGGGUUUGGUAUUCAGGAGCACAUUGAUCUUGGAAUUAAAUAUGAUCCUUCAACUGGUAUUUAUGGCAUGGACUUCUAUGUUGUAUUGGAGCGUCCUGGAUACCGUGUUGCCCGUCGCCGCAGGUGCAAGUCUCGAGUUGGGAUUCAGCACAGAGUCACAAAGGAGGAUGCCAUGAAGUGGUUCCAGGUCAAAUAUGAAGGAGUUAUCCUUAACAAGUCCUCAAACAUUCAGUGAUAAGCUUAUAAAGCCAACUUCUGGAUCAGUCUGUCUCCUCUCAAGUUUAUGUUUAUGUAUUUUGUAGACCUGCAUCUAUAUCACUCGUAGAGGAAAGUUUUGGAGAGUUUCUAGUAGUGGCGUAUGAGGAUGUUUUAGUUCUCAUUUUGGCUAUCAGAUCAAUUCCAUCUUUUUUGGUCAUUUUCUUUUGUUCCAAUUAAAUCAGAAUCAUUCAACUCCACAAUCUAGUACAAUAGACGCUUUGAAUACCUGAUUUGUUUGCUAUUGUGGUAACAAAUUAAUCCACUGUUUAAGCGUUGUUUUU